ACAGCCAGCAGUUACAAGAGAGUCGGCGCGUGCGCAACACGCGUCUAUUAGCCAAACUCCAAGUCCGAUGCGAUCGCGAACGCGACGUUUUGUCUCCUAAUCUUUUUGUUCUAACAAUUCGUUCAAAUGGAAGUAUUGAGGACACACCUCAUUUUCCUUUGUUGCGAUUCUCUAUAACAUGCUGUGAAUAUUCUUUGUUAGUUACAAUAGCAGUGUUAGUUCUACUUUCCUAAAAUUUAAAUAAAAUAAGCCCUGUGAAUAUAAAUUUACACCUCAUUACUAGUAAUAUUUAAACGGAAGUACUAGAUACCGAGAAGAUAAUAAUUACAGGUGUGAUCAACUGCGCCUUUUGUUGUGAUGAACAAUGUUUAAACAAAAGCUUUUUCUGCUGAUGUGCGCAUACAGCGCACUAGCUGCUCUAGAUGGUUAUAGCGCGCAACAAGAUCCCGAUCAGUUCCAUAUACAAACAGAUGAAGAUGACGAUCGGUAUUUCCUUUACCAAACACACAACGGCCAGUAUCGUAAGGAACGGCGACUCAAAGAUGGUUCAGUAGUCGGAACCACGGGCUGGGUGGGCGCUGAUGGAUUUUUAAGACUACAAGACUACAUCGCUGAUGACCAAGGAUACAGAAUUUAUAAGUCGAAGACAGUUUACGUGGGGGAAAACCGCCCGAUAGGAGAAUCUCUUAAAAUAGCAAAAACAGCACCAACUGAUUCUGGUUUUAACAUAACUCCAGCACCAGCCCCUCAUCCUCCGCGAGGGACUCCACGCUUCAGUACGACAACUCAAACCCCGCUUCCUCAUUCUUCUACACAGAGUUUACACAAUAUUUACCCCACAGAAAUAUCCAUUACACCACCACCUCUAUCGUAUUCGCGUCCAACUUCAACACCAAAAGUUAAUGUGUCGCCGAACUCUAUCGAUUCAUCGACACAAUACGAUUUUAAGCCAACUGUAACACCAAUCACAGCUAGUGAAGCUUCCUCAACGCCGAAUCCUUACAAUUACGAUUUAUCGAACACUAAUACAAUAGACGGAUAUUACACAAGUGAUAGCACUCCUAAUGGCCGUUUUGAUGUUAUCAAUCCGAAUUCCUAUAGGCAUGCAAAUGACUGGACCAGAAGACAAAGGCCUGAAGUGCACCUCGGCGAUGGCUACACUCCACAAUUCCCAGGCUAUGAUGGUGUCGCCUUUAGAAGGAACGGAUUCCGAUACUAUCUUCCUAAACAGUAUCAUGAAGAAGAAACCCAAGAUGCUGAUGAAAGAACAGGUAGUUUUGGAUAUAUAGAUCCUUUCGGAAUUCGUCGAGUAAUAUAUUAUAACACAGCGCCUGGACAAGGGUUCCAAAUUCGAAAAAACAACAGAUAUGUUGGCCAUGAUGCCACUCCUUACGACCCAAGACCUGCAAAGUGAAUUUUAUGUAUAAAUAUUCAAUGUGUUAUAGUUACCACAUAAAGCAGUAUUCUAAUUUUAAAUAAUCUUCAAGUGAUUGCUAGAGACAAAACGAUUGAUCUUCGAACGAAACCUCUUAGCCAUAUUAUUGUUCAUAAAGUUAAGUUACAUAGUAGUCAUAAUUAUAAAUGAAUAAAUAUAAUUUAUUUUAGAAUGA